AUGCAAAUGGCAAGCAGCCUCUCUACUUUACAAGAGGAACUCGAUAGGACUAAAAUGGAGCUUCAACAACUAAUGCAACACAAAAAAUACUUGCUCGAUUUAGAGAUUAAUGAAGACCUCAAAUUUGUCAAAGACCCUACAAAAUUACAAGUAAAAAAGGAAACUAGUGAUGAAAAAAUUAAGUUUCAGAAAAAGAAAUUUGUGAGAUUUGCAAAUCCUCCAUCCGUUUCUCAAAUUUUAGUACCGGAACCAAGUGAUGAUGCUGUGCUCCAAAGGCACCCUUCUCUAAAGAAGAAGAAGAAGAAGAAGAAGCAAUUGAUCCCACUUAUUGGAAGGAUUCUUUCAAUAAUUAAGGGUAAUUCUGAAUAAGAACUCGUUGAAGUUUGGAGCCUUCUAUCAAGUUAAAAGACUAAAAUUUUUCAAUUUAAUUCCAAAGGCACAUAGAUAGAGGCCUACUUUAAUAAGAGAAAAUGAGUAUCAUGAAUUAAAGCUCAUCCUUCUGUUUUUUCUUUUAUUCAGUUCUAUGAAAGUCAGUUGUGAUUCAUUAACUUUUUCUUCUAUUUAGAAAUGGAUUGAA